CAUUCGAUGCCCGUUGCGCAAUAUCUUUUGUUCGUGGUAAAGAAGGUGGUUGUCUUCUUCGAUACAGUUCAGUGAUGCUUGACCAUACUGCCGCGCCCAGGCACUGUCAAUGAAGACUCGCUUUUUUUGGUUCAUUAUAAUACCCGCUCUGACAUUUAAUUUGAUCUGUCUGCGUACUCGUAAUGCACACAUUCUCGUUACCCUGCAAAGUAUCUCCAAAAUACAGCAGCUAUAAGUAUACAUCUACCCUAUACCACUUUGAUUCCGUGUCUGACCAAAACUAUUCACUUUGCUCACUUCUGGUCUUGCUCUGGAUUUCCAUCGACGUGCCCUUGGAUUAUAAGUAUAAAUAUGGCAGAGCAGAAGUUGAGUGACUCUGAAAAAUUGGAGCUGGUGGAGAUGGCCAAGCUCGCUGAACAGACGGAGAGAUAUGACGACAUGGUUGGCUUCAUGAAAACACUGACCAAGAAUGGAAAGGAAGAUGUUAUUAAGUCAGAUGAAAAUAGGAAUCUCCUGUCGGUAGCCUACAAAAAUGUGGUGGGUGCAAAACGUUCUGCAUGGCGCAUUAUCAGGAGCCUCGAGCAGAAAGCAAAAGAAAGCGAUGAAGCGGACAUAGCCGUAGAAUAUGCCAGAAAGUACAGACUAGACAUUGAGAAGGAGCUGAAAGAUAUCUGCAACGAAAUUCUAGAUCUUUUAUCAAAUACCUUGAUCCCCGGCAUGACAGAUGUAGCUGGCGCCACAUCAGUAGAGUCUGGCAAAGUAUUUUACCACAAAAUGGAAGGAGACUACGCCCGUUAUCUCGCCGAGAUCGCGACCAUGGAAGACGGUAAGGCUUGCUUAGAGCGCAGUAUAAAAGCAUAUACAAAAGCGAGUGAAAUUGCAGAACAGAAGCUGAACGCCACGGAUCCUAUAAGGUUGGGCCUGGCUCUCAACUUCAGCGUAUUCUACUACGAGAUCAUGGGUUCCCCUGAACGUGCCCGUGAACUGGCCAAGACAGCGUUCGAUGGUGCCAUCGCAGAACUGGAGUACCUCAAAGACGACAGCUACAAGGAUGCAACUCUCAUAAUGCAACUGUUGAGGGACAACCUGACACUAUGGGCUUCAGCUGAGAGGUCAGAUGAUGUAGAAGACAUUGAAGAUCAAUAACAGGGGGCAUCUUUAAGCUAUAAGGUUGUUUUUCAGGAUCCAUAUUUGGACUCGUUCUCAAACGCGAAGUACCGGUACGUGGACUUGACUUUUAGUAGAGAAAAUUAUGUGACAUCCAGCGAAAUGCAAUAUCGCAAGAUACUUGUGAGGGGGCAAAGACUGAGGCUUUAAACAACAAAACAAAUGCUUUAUAAGCCCAUGCUUUCAUCGACUCUCAUUCCUCCGACUGUCCUAUCAAUUUUUAUUAUGAUUUAUACAUGUACGGUGCAAGAAGUUUUUUUUUUAAAUAUAUAUAUUAUGAGAAUUCUUAAUGUACUGUGUUGAUAUUUUAGUUUCUUUGUUUUUUAUGUGAAGUCUAUAAUAUGUUACUUUAUUUUCUAUUUAAUUUUCCAUUGUUUAUGUUAGCCAAUGUUCUCUAUUAAGUUGUUAAUAAUUUUCUUUAAGGUGUUGUCAAAGCAGCAGUAUGCAGUCCGAUUUAUGCAAUUUUAGGCUGGGUUUACUUCUAGUUAUAUACAUGUAUAUAUUGAUUAAUUCAACCUCCACUCAAUGCUGCAUUGUGCACUAGAGCUAUAGCUAUUUCUGAAGUCUCAGAGGUCUUGGUACAUGUCAAUGUAUAAGUGGAUAAAAGCGUAGUUUAGGAUAUUAUAGUAGCUUCACCCUUUAUUAUCGUUCUGGUAGGGGUAUAGUGUGUAGGUUGGUCAAGUUCAUUCUUUGUUAAGUAUCGGACCUUAUACCUUGGUCACAUUUGCUCUACGGUGGCCGUACGGCGAGUCGAAAACAGCCGUUUUAACAUUGUUUGUACCAACUACAUAUAGGUGGUUUGAAUUAAAAUUAAUAAACCGGCUGUUUUCGACUCGCCGUACGGCCGCCGUAGAGCAAAUGUGACCAAGGUAUUAUUUACCUGGCUAAGACCAUGCAGUUUCUUUUAUUUCAAUACAAAUCAGCAAUCUCGAUUGAUUAGAAUGUUUUGAUUGAUAUGUUGUAUGGAUUUCGAACAGUAUCAUAAAGUACUUCUUACGCAAUACAAACGCCUGUUGAUUAUAUUCAUUUUUUAAUAUAAUGUACGGGUCUCUCCUGUAGCGCCCUCAAGUUUUGCUCAGCGAUGUUCAUGACGAUCGUGUAGGUCUUAAUGCAAUGUGGGUGUAUGGCAAGAAAGCAGCUCUAAUAAUUUAUUCAAAUUUCUUGUUAUAAAGAAAUGCAAUUCUUGAUUUUCAAGGGGAGUCUCGACAUCAAGGAGGCGCGAUAGCUCAGUUGGUAGAGCGGAAGUUUCAGGUUCCGUUGACCCGGGUUCGAUUCCCACUUGUGCGCUACUGCCCUAGGUAAGGCAUUAAUCCUCAUAACCAGGCCCCUCGAGGAGGACCUUAAGACGUCGGUCCUCUGGUUGCUUGCUUACAAGUAUUCAUGCUUUCUUAGCAAUCAGGUUAAAAGUCUCCACCAAUUCUUGAUAUAAACAUAGACAUAUUCACAUUGAGAAAUAGACUUAAUAUUAAGAAUUGUAUUUCUUCAUAAUAAAGAAAUAUUGAAAGGGUUGCCAUACGCCCGCGUCGCUGAAAGCCCCGCAUUUCAGGCUAAAUUGAACUCGCUAAUUUGACCCCACCCCCCGAAACACGACUGAAUCUAUUUCGUAAUUAAGUACUAUUCUCAAUCAAAUGAGCAGAACUAAAAAUCUCAUUUGAUA